CUUUCACACUUUUGGUACUUUUUGCCGUUUCGGCAUUUGCCGAAAAACUUGAAUCUGAUCCACUUUGUGCCGGUGUUCCCCCUGGCUCAACUUACCUUUUCCCCUAUCCUGGAGAUUGCACAAAGUUCUACGUUUGCGAAAACGGCACCAAACGAGUUGAAGAUUGUCCAAGUGGGUUAUGGUUUAAUGAGGCAUUACAAGCCUGCGAUCAUCCUGAUAAUUCCGGAUGCCAUCCUAUCGUGUGCCCUCCUAGCAUUGUUGACUUCUACCCUUAUCCAGAGGACUGUACCAAGUAUAUUGAGUGCUACCACGGAAAUCCAGAAACACACACUUGUCCAGAUAAUCUCUGGUUCAACAGUGUGGAAAAACGGUGCACUGACCCUUCCAGCUCGGGCUGUGGGGAGCAUUCCUCCUCGGUGGAGCCCACCUGGAGCACACCCAACCCCAUUUGUUGGGGGGUACUCCCAGGACAAACAGUUCUAAGACCAUAUCCAGGGGAUUGUAACAAGUUUUACGAAUGCUACGGUUCCAGACAAACUGAAAUGAACUGUCCGCCUCAUCUGUAUUUCAAUGAAGCGAGACAGAUGUGUGAUUGGCCGGAUGUUUCCGGAUGCGAUGAUACCACUGAAACCCCGAAUCCCAAUCCCACUUCCACCAUCACACCCCCAACGACCCCAAGCGGGAACGACGACCCGCGCUGUGCUAAUGGUAACAAUGACUAUUGGCCAGACCCAGAUUGUACCAAAUUCGUGGAGUGUUACCAUGGGCAUGGGUACAUCAUGGAUUGCCCAUCUGGGCUCUAUUUCGAUUCAGUUGAUAAGAAAUGUGAAGAUCCAAGUGAAGCUGAUUGCGGUCGUACAACACCAACGCCUGACCCAUGGACGACCACGAAAUCGUCCGAUUGGACCAAUGAUCCCGAUUGUCCAUUUCCAAGUGCCGAUAGGUACUUGUUCCCAUAUCCGGGAGAUUGUACCAAAUUUCUGGAAUGUUGGAAUGGGGAAAAAGUGGCACAGGAGUGUCCCGCUGGACUUUGGUUUAACCCAAAUUUGUUGGUUUGUGAUUAUCCCUACCAUUCUGGGUGCAAAUAUGGGGAAGAGGAACAAGAAGUUUGA